CCCCCUGAUGGCGACCAUGUUGCCCACCAAUAACGAGAGAGUUUAGAGGGUUUAGAGCGUUUAGAGGGGUUGGUCCAGAGCAGUUUGAUGGAGUCUGAUGUAGUUUAAUGAUUGACGUGUUGAAUGCAAUAAAUGUUUGCUAUUUUCUUGUUGUUAGUGCGUUAGUUAUAGUCAGAGUCUUCGUAAUGGCAAGGAAGGGGUUGAAAGUGUUACUGGGAUUCGAGGAUGAAUUCAUCACAGAAAAACACAAAAUGAAUGUCAGUUUCACCACUAAUAAAAUAGGAGGGAAACCGGAUUGGCCUGUAGAUGGGAUACCACAGCCUUUGUGCCAGCUAUGUGGUCUUGCCUUGCCAUUAGUAGUGCAGAUAUAUGCCCCCAUUGAGAAUUUACCUUAUCACAGAUCUCUGUACUUAUUUGGGUGCGUCAAUCCAAACUGCUGGAACCAGAAUGAAAGCUGGGUAUGUAUCCGCAGUCAAACCUUAGAGACAGGCAGCAACACUUCAACCACCACAGUUAAUACAUUGAGUACUUCGGAGUGGUGUGCUGAUGCUGAUGAGUGGGAGGAUGACAAUGGCAACAACAGUGAAGAGAAUGGGAAUGUAAUUGGGCGAAUAGAAAGCUACUUUUCAGAUGAAGAAGAUGAGACAGAAGAUUAUGAAGAUGAUGUACAAGUACGACUUGGGAACCUGAGUGUGGAUGAGCGGAAUGCAAACUGGGAAGGAGACAUGGGAGUCACUGCAGGGGCUGGAGCUGGAGCUGGGGCUGUUGGGAGACUGCACUCCCCAUCAGCAACAGCAGAAAUUGAAGGGGAUGAAAGUGAGGUCGUGAGCAUUGAUACUCCGACAGCCCCACAGCAUGACCUGACUGCCUUACUGCAGGAUGUGGCCCCCUUACCCAUGGAACUUCGUAGUAGGAAUGGUGGUGAUGGUAACAGACAACAUUAUACAUUACCAACUGGACCACCUCAGUUUACAUCUUCAUUCAUCAGUGUAAGUGAAGAAGAAUUGCGUAGUUCACCUACCAUCACACCCAUUUCUGAGCACGUGCUUGAGUUACUGCAGGAGUAUCAGCAGAAUAAUGAUGAUUACAUGAAUAUGCUGCAUGCAGAGCAGGAGAAAAGUCUGGAAGAGGAUGAAGGGGAACAAUUUACCCAGGAGAAAUAUGAGAAAAGCAUGCCCACUCAUGGGGAUAGGAUGUUUCAUCAUUUUGUGUCACGGAUACAGAAUCAUCCUGGGCAGAUCCUUAGGUAUUGCCGUGAUGGUGGAGCUCCACUGCUUCUGUAUCCUCUCCAGGAUUUUCCAGUUACAUGUGUUCAUUGUCAUAACAAAAUGUUGUUUGAAAUGCAAGUUCUUCCCACUCUGAUUCCAAAGCUGCAAUUAUUAGGUCCAGGAGGAGAAGGUGUACAUCUUGAAUUUGGAACGGUUUUAGUGUUCACUUGCCGACAGAGUUGCUGGACUGCUACAGACACAUGGCGAGAAGAGAAAGUAGUAGUCCAAGCUGAAAAACUCUAAGCAGCAGAAUGUUAUCAGUGGCUAUGUCCAGAUAGUGCAUGAUCUCAUUACAUGUUCGUGUAUUUGUCCUUUUCCAAUUUCUCAUUUUGGUGGUGCCCCCCAAGUGAUGUAUUUGUUGUAAUGCAGAGCUGUUAUAUAGAAUUUUGGCCAGUGACUAACCCUUUCAUUGCUAUUGUAGAAAACAUUGCAUUCUGCUUUCUAUUGGACAAUAUUUGUUCAGUUUUCAGGAUCUGGACAAUAAUGCAGUGUUUUAUCAUUGCCGUUAUAAGUACAUUUUUACUACCUUAAAUAUAUCUCAAAAUAAAAAUAUCAACAUGGCCAAUCAGUUGGCUCAAGCGAUAAUGCUUCUGACUUGUGUACAGAGGUGGAAGUCAAGUUUCGUCUAGGACACAAACCAAACUGCAGGUUUUACAUGGUUCCCUAAACCCCUCCAGGCAGUGCCAGGUAGUACCUAAAAUUGUGCUAUGACCAUUUCCUUUCACAUUGU